AUGUUGUAUACUUUGCAUUGCUGCUCUUGUAACGUCAAAAACCACUCAGUCAUUCCUCCCCUAGUCUUCAAAGACGCCAGCCGUCUUAAUAAUAAGACCGUUGGCAAGGCUCGUUCUUUUUUUGGUUUGCCCUUGGUUUUUGGUUGCCUUGGCCCUCUAUUUCUGUUUAUUUCUCCAUCUGAACUCCACUCCGUACAAGACACCAAAGGACACAAUAGGUUGCCGCAAUAA